AUGGCCUCACUCUCCUUGCAGUCGUUACUUGUUGCAAGCGCAUACCUGUUUACCACGACGUCCGCCAUAAAUGCCGCUCUAGUUGGAACAUGGUCCACGAAAUCAGCGAAAGUGUUAACUGGUCCGGGCUUCUACAAUCCUGUUAACGACACCUUCAUUGAGCCAAGUCAUACGGGAAUCUCGUAUUCGUUCACGGCGGAUGGGUUCUAUGAGGAAGCAUACUACAGAGCCAUUUCCAAUCCUACGAAACCAUCAUGUCCCCAAGCAAUGAUGCAGUUUCAACACGGCACAUUCGUUGAGAACGCAGAUGGGUCACUGAGCUUGUCGCCCUUCUCAGUAGAUGGCCGACAAUUACAAUCAGAUCCAUGUUCGAGCAAGACAUCUACAUACACACGGUACCACCAAUCCGAAAUAAUGAAGAAAUACCAAGUCUACACAGACCCGUACACGAAGUUGACCCGUCUCGACCUCUACCAAUUCGAUGGCACACCCAUGAACCCCAUGUUCCUCGCCUUCAGUCCACCUCAGAUGCUCCCAACGGUCACAAUGAACCCGACUCCAACUACAACAUCAUCAGGAAAGAAGUCGAAGCGAACAGCGGGAGCAGGAGAAGAGAUGAAUCUGCCCCUUAAUGCGAACGCCCCGCACAUCAAGCGAGACUUUGAAAGAUCUCUUGUUCACAGAAUCGAUCUGAACAUGCUGUGGUGGGCCGGUGUAGGAAUGACGAUCUUCGGUGGAGCUGCGUAUCUAUUAUGA